GCUAGAUAUUAUUGUAUGCCCCAUCUGCUUUGGCUCCGAUCUAUCCCUUGAUGCGUCAAGCGACAUCGGUAUGGCUUGUCGUUUUACUGUGGAAUGCAAUACAUGCCAGAAACCAGUCUGGUCAAAGUGCACUUCGCCGAAAUCAACACGUCGACACGACAUCAACGUCCGUGCGGUCGUAGCCUCUAAGGAGUGCGGUGUGCCGCUGAGCACCAUGAAGACGAUGUUCAGCAUCAUGAACAUGCCCAACGUCAUGCACCACAAGACGUUCUAUGAAAUCGGCCUAGAAGUGAGAGAGGCUGCCAUCGGUGCUGCAGAGGAAGUUAUGUCGGCUUCUGCCCGAGUCAUCAAAGAACGUCAUCAAUCCAACGUGUACACAACUGAACGAUCAAGUCCGUCUGGCGUUCAGGUUGUCAACGUUUCCUACGACGGCACGUGGCACAAGCGAGGUCACUCGUCACACUAUGGAGUAGGUGUGGCGAUUGAUGUGGACAGUGGGUAUGUACUGGACACAUAUACAGUAUCUAAUUUCUGCACAGGGUGUACUCGUGCGCCAGAUCCCGACUCCCCACAGUACUUGUCCUGGUUCGAACGGCACAAACCUUUGUGUAACAAAAAUUUUGAAGGCUCCUCUAACGCAAUGGAGACUAGAGCAGCUGAGGUGAUCUUCAGUCGGUCAAUUGAGUGCCGUGGGCUGAUAUAUGGCACUAUGUUGUGUGAUGGUGACAGCAAGGCACUGACACGUGUCAACGACCUUGGUGUCUACGACAUUCCGGUGCAGAAGGAAGACUGCGUAAAUCAUAUAGCCAAACGCAUCUACAAUCAGUUAGAACAGGUUAAAAAAGACAACAAGCAGAAGCUCAACAGGAAACUGACCGCUGCCAAAAUAAAAAAAAUCACAAACACUUACGCCACGAAUCUGAGACAGAAUGCCCCUGAUAUUCAGAAGAUGAAGUUGGGUGUUAUGGGUGGCCUGUUCCACAUGAUGUCCACGGACAGCGCCCCGAACCAUCGUUUGUGCCCAGAGGGUGAAACAUCAUGGUGCAAGCACAACCGUGCCCUCGCCAAGGGUGAACAGCCCCCUCCCCACAACCCAACCUUAUCACCUGAUAUAGGGACUUACGUAUUCCCCAUUUUCAAGAGGCUGACUGACCCAGCACUCCUCUCUAGGUGUGUCAGAAUGUCUACGCAGAACCCAAAUGAAUGUUUUAAUUCGACAAUUUGGAGACGUUGCCCCAAGGUGCUUUUCGCCCACCUCCCAACCAUUGAAACAGCUGUGGCGUUAAGUGUAAUUUCGUUUAACAUGGGACCUACAGGACUAUACAAAGUCUUCGAAAGACUCGGCCUGACCUGGGGAGCUGUGACAAAUUCGCAUGCCAUUGGAGUAGCAGAGACAAGAAUUCGUCACUCCAAGAGGAAAGGAAAGAACAUUUCGAAGUGGAAACGAAAGCACCUUCAACAGAACCACCUCAACGAGAAGGACAAGAGAGAGGAAAGGGAGGGUGUCACCUACUCUUCAGGGGCUUUCAACUGUUAAG